GCGAGUGUAAGGAGUGGGAUGGAGAGUGUGUGCAGAUGGGUUACGGCCCCGGCCUGAGCCGCUGCUGACCACGAGUUGAGCUAGAUCCUGGAGAAAUCCUGCCAGUUGAAGUCUGUACCAGAGCCAGGCACCAGAAUUGUAAGCUAAAGUGAAGCCGCAAUCUAGGAAUAUAAAUUCUGUGAUGGCCAUGGGUGAACCAAGGCUGAACUGGGAUGUUUCCCCCAAAAAUGGCCUUAAGACAUUUUUCUCUCCAGAAAAUUAUAAAGAUCAUUCCAUGGCUCCGAGUUUAAAAGAAUUGUUUAUUUUAUCAAACAGACGUAUAGGAGAAAAUUUGAAUACCUCAGCAAGUUCUGUAGAAAAUGAACCGGCAGUUAGUUCAGCAACUCAAGCAAAGGAAAAAGUUAAAACCACAUUUGGAAUGGUUCUUCUUCCAAAACCAAGAGUUCCUUAUCCUCGUUUCUCUCGUUUCUCACAGAGAGAACAGAGGAACUAUGUGGAAUUGCUGGCUAAAUAUGCCAAAAUGCCUUCAAAUUCUAAAGCUAUUGGAAUAAAUAAAAAGGACUACUUGCAGUACUUGGAUAUGAAAAAACAUGUAAAUGAAGAAGUUACUGAAUUCCUCAAGUUUUUGCAGAAUUCUGCAAAGAAAUGUGCACAGGAUUAUAAUAUGCUUUCUGAUGAUGCCCGUCUCUUCACAGAGCAAAUUUUAAGAGCUUGUGUUGAACAAGUGAAAACAUAUCCAGAAUUCUAUACUCUUCAUGAAGUCACCAGUUUAAUGGGAUUCUUUCCGUUCAGAAUAGAGAUGGGAUUAAAGUUAGAAAAAACUCUUCUUGCUUUGGGCAGUGUUAAAUACGUGAAAACAGUAUUUCCAUCAAUGCCUGCGAAGUUGCAACUUUCAAAAGAUAACAUAUCUGCUCUUGAAACACCAGAGCAAACAGCUGCAGAAAUGCAUUAUGAUAUUAGCAAAGAUCCAAAUGCAGAGAAACUUGUUUCAAGAUACCACCCUCAGAUAGCUCUAACUAGCCAAUCAUUAUUUGCCUUAUUAAAUAAUCAUGGACCAAACUACAAGGAGCAGUGGGAAAUUCCAGUGUGUGUUCAAGUAAUACCUGUUGCAGGUUCAAAACCAGUUAAAGUAAUUUAUAUUAAUUCACCACUUCCCCAAAAGAAAAUGACAAUGAGAGAGAGAAAUCAAAUCUUCCAUGAAAUUCCAUUAAAAUUCAUGAUGUCCAAAAGCACAUCUGUUCCAGUCUCUGCGGUGUUUAUGGAUAAACCUGAAGAGUACAUAUCUGAAAUGGAUUCUGUCUUUGGAACUGUCCCUUGGAUUCUUGGGAGGGAAAAGAUGUCUUAUGAAGUUAAUGAAAACCGAAAAAUUGAACCUCUUGAAAAUUUGGAUCUGGAUUUUGAUGAUGAUGUCACAGAACUUGAAACUUUUGGAGUAACCACUACUAAACCUUCAAAUUCGCCAACUCCAGCCAGCACUUCUGCAGUGCUCAACACAACAGAUACUCCCACAGCAACCAGUGCAACACCUGUUGCACCAACUGCCCCAUACAUUUCUGCUAAUUCCAGAAGUUUAUCUCACAUUCUAAUGGAACAGUUGCAAAAGGAAAAACAGUUGGUGACUGGUAUGGAUGGUGGUCCUGAAGAGAACAAAAAUAAAGAUGACCAGGGAUAUGUACCAUGUGGUGAAAAGGUAUCAAAUUCUGACAAAUCUUUGAAGCAAAAUAGUGACUUGAAAGUGUCUGCUAUAGAGCUAGAAAGUUGUAUGGAAAUUGAAACCUCUAAUGAAAAUUCUAUGACUACUGAUCCGGUUCUAGAAAACACAGACAAUGCAAAGGAAAAGACUGUGGCAUCAGAAGCAGAUAAACCUGAAGAUGUAAUUUGUCAUAGUGAUACAGAUGAAGACUGUUUAAUCAUUGACACUGAGUGUCAAAGUAAUAAUAAUGGAAAGACAGCUGAUAUGGAUUCUAACCAUAUCAUAGCUAACCCAGUUUCUUCCUCAGGACAGUCUUCUGAAGGAAACCAGAAUAAUACUAGUAGUUCUGAAGAGUCAUGUGUUUUAAAAAAGCCAAUCAAACGAGUAUAUAAAAAAUUUGAUCCAGUUGGAGAAAUUUUAAAAAUGCAGGAUGAACUCUUAAAGCCCAUUUCCAGAAAAGUACCUGAAUUGCCCUUAAUGAAUUUAGAAAAUUCUAAAGAACUUCCUGUUUUUGAGCAACCAUAUGCUUCUUCAGAUACCUCUAGUUGGCCAAGAUCUGUAUGGCCUUCUGCAUUUCAUAGGCCAAAAGGAAGAUUGCCAUAUGAACUUCAGGACUAUGUUGAAGAUACUUCAGAAUAUGUAGCUCCUCAGGAAGGAAAUUUUGUUUACAAGUUAUUUAGCCUGCAAGACCUGUUGUUACUGGUGCGAUGCAGUGUCCAGAGGAUAGAGACCAGACCACGUUCUAAAAAACGGAAGAAAAUCAGAAGACAAUUUCCAGUUUAUGUACUACCAAAAGUGGAGUAUCAAGCCUGUUAUGGAGUUGAAGCUCUGACUGAAAGUGAACUUUGUCGCUUAUGGACUGAAAGUCUGUUGCAUUCCAACUGCUCAUUUUAUGUUGGACAUAUUGAUGCAUUUACCUCAAAGCUUUUCUUCCUAGAAGAAAUUACCUCAGAAGAAUUGAAAGAAAAACUUUCAGCACUCAAGAUUUCAAGUUUAUUUAACAUCCUCCAGCACAUUCUAAAGAAAUUAAGUAGUUUGCAGGAGGGUUCCUACUUGUUGUCUCAUGCAGCAGAAGAUUCUUCCCUCCUGAUCUACAAGACCUCGGAUGGAAAAUUUAGUAGGACAGCAUACAAUUUACAUAAAACACAUUGUGGUCUUCCUGGUGUGCCUUCUAGCCUCUCAGUUCCCUGGGUUCCAUUAGAUCCCAGUCUCUUGUUACCUUAUCAUAUCCAUCAUGGAAGGAUACCUUGUACUUUUCCUCCUAAACCAUUAGAUCCUGCAACACAACAAAAGAUGGGUGGAAAACGAGUGCCUGCUCAUAGCCGCAGGAAUCCAGUUUCCAUGGAAACCAAAAGCCUGCCUGCUCAGCAAGUUGAAAAUGAAGGAGUGGCUCCAAAUAAAAGAAAAAUUACUUGAGAACUCUACUGAAAAAUGAACAAAAGUCAGAAUUAACAGUGUUCAGUUUAGCUUUUUGAGAGGAAAUGUGCCUAAAAGAUCUGUAAAUGAGAAAUUUUUUAGUGUCUGAGACUUCUUAGAGUGCCUUGAUACAACAUGUUGACUAUGUGAAGCUAUAUUUCAACUAAAGUGGAAUCCUGUGCUCUUAACAUUUGGUGUCUGAAUUGAAUCUAGGUAUGUUUAUUAUCAUGCAGGGAAAUAACAUUGGAAAGAAAAUUACUUAUGCAGUACACUUUUUCCAGAAAUUAUAUAUAGGAAAAUAAUUUGCUUUUUUCAGGAGUGAUGUUGUUUAUUAUUAUGUUUUAUGUUAAAAUUUUGAGUUAUAUUACCACUGUAUUGAGAUUGACUGUAAAGAUUAAAUCUUGACACAGUCAGCGAUCAUUUUGGGCAAUGUAAAUCUUAUUUCUAAUCCUGUGACAGUCCUUAAUAUACUAUUUUAUAAUGAUCAUUGAAGAUUAGUAAAGUUAAUACCUUCUAAAACUUAAAGAAAUUUCACUCCUUUUAAAAUGUAGUGAAAUUGCAUUCCAGACUUAAAAAUGAAAAUCAA